UAGCCAUCUUUCGGUACCUGCUGCAGGCUGGCAAUCUGACAGACCAAGUUUCGAAAGGUUGACCUGGCAGGCCUGUCCGCCGUCAAAUCUAUUUGCAUUCACUGAGAUUUUCUCAACGAACGGCGAUGGCUCCGGGAACAUCAUCAAAGCCGACAGGUAGUGAUGAUGGGGAUCCAGCCUUGAUGCGUAAAGGCUCGGUACGGGCUGCGAGAGAACGUCUUCGUGCUGCACAGCACGGCCAGAUGUUACCCAGAGAGGAGACCUUGAGUGUUCAGCAACCGCCUCCUCGCUCUAGUCUUUUAGUGUCUCAGUUCUCCCCUCAGUCACAGCAACAACAUCAGCGUCCUCCUAUCUCCACCGCAAGUCCCGGGAGUCUCGGCAGGUCAUCCGAAUCACCAGGACCGCAAUGGCCGUUGCCAAACGAUAUCAUCGAGGAAGAGCCCGUUCCAAGCGUGCGACGUCCUGCACAACAGCAUCAACCAAAACCGAAUCGAGGUCAUCCUCCACAACGGCCACCUCGUCCUGCAUAUGUCCCGGACAUUCUCGAUCAAACGAGGCAGCCGCCUCCACAACCGCGAGGGAACCUACAGCAACCUACACAGCCAACCUGGCCCGAAGAAGAAUUCCUUGAACCAGACUAUCCAACCGCUAAACCGGCCCGACCAUUGACGGAUUCAUCUCAAGAUUCAGCAUUGGCAGCUGAUUAUAUCCCCGACUUCCCAGUCCCGAAUUCUGGGAACAUGCCUCGUCGCCCUCCCACCAUCGGGCCUCCUCCAUCAGCACGCCGCGGCCCAUCAUCGUACUAUUCCCAAAUCUCAUAUGUCUCCCCGAUCCAGGAAGAGGCCGAGCACCGUGCGUCGCACGGCUCGUUCGCAUCUAGCAACGUCAUUCCUUCCGGGCCCCACCAAUUCUACUAUGAUGAGCAUUCGCCUUCCGAUGAGGAUGCGCCGCAUUCUCCAGCUGUCGAUGGACGCCACUCGCGCGGAGAAGACCACGACGAAUCAAGUGGGUUGGUCAGGCAGGCGAGUCUGGGAAAGAAGGCCAAGCCGUCCUUGACAACAAUCAAGAGCGGUGAAGAUUUGAAAUCACACAAAGGACCAAAGCAAUCAAAACCGGUGAAUACCAAAGGCGCAAUUGCUCAAGCCGCAAUCGCGGUCGGCACCCAAGGAGGCGCAUUUGCCGCUGGCUUAGGAUCUCAACCUGAUGGGCCGCGCCCGGGUAGCGCUUUGAGCGGCGGGACUGGUCUCCUUGACCCAUCUUCAUCGUCAUCCGAGUCCGUGGACAAAGUCGUCAAAAAGCAAACCGUAACGUCUGCACCGAAGAAACCGAUGUCCCCUGGACCGCUUUCACCGCCAAAUCGAUCCCGUUCACCCCUUGUCCCCGGCGAUCUUCGCAAAGAGACCGGAACACCAUUCGACUUCGGUGCCAAGCCUCCGAAUCAGUCGACUCUGUCCGAUCGUGUGGGGCCUCGACGACCGCCUCGAUUAAAUGUGGACGCGGUGCGUGAGGCUGAAAUACGAGGUAGUUUGACCAGUCUUCCCGACCUGAUUCGACGCGCCACUCGUCUGGCGUCCAACCUUGAUCGGGGCAAAACCGCUAGUCGGCUAGGGUUCGAAGGCUGGUUCGAUCAAGCUGGUGAUAGAGGAAAGGGGCUGGAUAUGGAGAAAGACGACCGAAGAUCUGCCUCGCUAUCUGAUAUGCUCGCAUCCUUCCCACCUCCGGGAUUGGCCACUCCAACGAGCCCACGGACACCCACUCAUGGCAGGUCGAACCGGACUCUGUCAGGCCUAUCGCACCAUCGCUUCGAUUCCGGCUACCAUCUCGAAAAGCCGCCGAAGGCUCGUGGACGCCGCGUCUGUGGCAUGCGCCUUGGGCUUUUUGUGGUCCUCCUCAUCAUCCUCUUCUGUCUCGUGGUCGCCGCAAUCGUCAUCCCCAUCGCGCUUAUUGUUCUUCCCGGCAAGAAUCAAGCCGCAAACAGCGGAUUCAACUCAGCAUUUGGAGUGUGCCAGAAGCAGCUCACGUGCGCCAACGGUGGCAGUGUGACCGUGGUAGCCGAUGGUUCAUGUGGUUGUAUCUGCUCGAAUGGAUUCACGGGAGCAGCCUGCACGCAAAAGUCCGAUGUUGGCUGCUCCACGACCGCGGUCCCGGACGUGCCGAAUGCAACGGUGGGCACCGCGAUUCCACGCCUUCUGCAGGCUGCGCAGAAGAACUUCAGCGUUCCGUUGGAAGCGUCCAAGCUACUUGCCGUGUUCGCAUAUAGCAACACCAGCUGUGCGGCCGAAAACGCCCUUGUUUCGUUCAAUGGUCUAAUCGCUCGAUCGCUGGAGCCACAAGAGGGAUCUUCAACCCUUCCGGAGCUCGCCCUUCGGGAAGCACAGGGAGAUGCUUUCAUUACCGGCGGUCUAGUGGUGGCGGCACCGACUCUCGUGCCAACUGGAAGCUCGGAUAAUAGUCCUCCCGCUCCAACCUACACCAGCCCACCGAUUUCUGGAACAUCCACUCAAAUCAUGGACUUCGCUCGCACUGCAGUGCUCUAUAUCCUGCAGGAAUCACGGAACCUUGAUGAUGCCGUACUCGCGCAGGAGAGAUUGCAGGCCUAUUUCUCCCGUGCCAGCUCCGGUAGCACGAAGGAUUCGCGUGUCGAUGCAGGCAAUCGCAACAUCGUCGAUCUCAGCGGGCUCCGAGUGAAAUUGGGCAACGGAACGGUAGCGGGCGGUUCCGGCAACGUGACUUCAAGUCUAUAGUAUGCAACCUUGAUGGCUUCCAUGGACCUUUUAUUUUCGAUCCAGUGGGCUAUGAGUUCUUCGCGGUGAUGGAAUCCCGAAAAAGUUCUCCAUGUCAUCUGCUUGCAAAGGAGCAGUCGCAUUUUCACGCGUUUUCUUACGGCGGAAUGGGUUUCCGGGCGUUUUCCAACGAAUACUUUUAUCUUCUG